ACUUCCCACGUCAUCAGCGUGCGACGCCGGACUCUCAGCGCGACGAUAAGCAGAGGCUCUUUGAGGUUUGUUUACGGACGCGUUAGACACUGUUUUUUUGUGUGAUUUCAUUGAUUUCAAUCGUUUUUAUUUAGAAGAAUGAAGAUGGGAAUGAAUUGCUAAGAAUUGGAUAUUGAAUAAAGCUGUAAGUCAAAGGAAAAGAAAGGAAAGGCGAAUGCUAAUGAGGUGCUAAAGCUAGUGUGGAGGUUGCUGGGGAAAAAGGAGCUCGGGUAGGCAUCAUGGCUCUGGAUGGGAUCAGCGUGUCGUUCCUGAAGUAUGAGUUGACCUCGACGAUCGACCAGGCGGUGAGGUGCGCGGUUGACACGGUGCUGAAGGAGACGGCGCGCAUCGUCGGCGCGAGGUUGACCGAGGCGCGCGACGCCGCCGCCGAGUCGAGGCGCGAGAACCGCAGCCUGCGCGAGCGCCUCGAGGUGUCCGAGAGCGAGCUGAAGGCCGUGCGCUACUACAUGACCGCCGCCGAGAAGAACAUCAAGCAGUGCCUGCUGCUGAACCGAAACCGCGCGCCGUCGACCACCGCGCCCGCCGAGGACCUCCAGUUGGCCGUGGAGGCAACGCCUGAAAGCAGAGAGCCCUCGCACCUGAAAGCGUUCCGCGGGUCCACGGGAAAGAGCCACGGCGUCAGGACCGUCCCCAGCGUCGGGCUCUGCCUGCCCACUGUGCAGUCCGACUGGCCGCGGAGCUCCGUGAACCGGCGGAGGAUGCGCAGCCUCUCCUUCAUCACCGACACCACGAGCAGAACCCCUCUGGAGCCUGAAUCCGUACAGUCCAGAAGUGAAGAUCCCACAGAUCAGUUCUACAUCUCUGAGGAAGGAGUGAUGGAUAAGGAGUAUAAAUCCCCAGCUGGGGCAGCGCAGGACUUUGGGCAGGUGCACCAGGAGGAACAGGACGCUGCUGGUUUGUCCAUGAAGACCCCUGACGAAGCGUGUGAGAUGGGAAGGUUCGAGUUUGAAAUGGGCGCUCCGGCGGGGAACGUCAGCGAGCUGAGCCUGAUUCAGGUGAUGGAUUCGAACGAGGAGAUGAAGCAGAGCUCUGUGAAAGUUGAAGACGAGGCUGAAGUCCAGCCUUUAGACCCCCCGCCGAUGGCCGCGACUUCCUCGUCUUGUUUGAACGUUCAGCCCCAGAUCAUCUCGCCCCCCGGCGACGUGGAGGUGCCGCCUGGUCUAAUGCCGCCCGUCGAGGCGACGGACAAAGUGCACCGCUGUAACGUUUGCGGCCGGGGCUUCCGGCGUUUCUACUGCCUGAAGACUCACCAGCGCAUCCACACGGGGGAGCGGCCGUACCCCUGCCGCUACUGCGAGAAGCGCUUCCGCCACUUGGACAGCCUGCACAAGCACCAGCGCAUCCACACGGGCGAGCGGCCGUACCGCUGCGCUCAGUGCGGCUGCUGCUUCCGCGAGCUCGGCCAGCUCAAAAAGCACCGCCUCAAACACUCGCCCACCUCGACCGCUCCGCCCGCCCACCCCGGCCUCUCUCUCCUCCCAGCCGCAGCCUCCUACACCUGGCCACAUCUUAACUCCCAGUCUCUGGAUCUGGUCUGAGGUCUCAAGCCUCCACACAAACCACACGCUUAUCACGUGCCUGAGUUCAGAAGCUGGUAGAGUUCGCCAUCAAGGUCCAAUCUCAUUCAGGGCUCUGUUUUAAUGCAGAACUCGAACAUUGCCAGAGGUGCCUACAUCUGUGGUUUAUUGUUAUGAUGAUUUGGGAGGGGGACUGCACUUUCCAGGGUUAAAAAUUAGGCAUUAAAUGGGAGUAAAUGAUCCAAACGGAAAAGUUAAUCACAGAAGGGAAAACGGCACCAGCUUUCAUGUGAGCCAAUAGAAAUAGGUGGGAUUUUGACCACCCUACAUUAUCAUUAAAGCCUAUGAAUAUUUAUUUUGAUUUUUAUAAAAGUCUUAAACAUCUUUUCUUUGUGGUGAAAUUCUGUUUGAUCUUUUCUCACCAGCCGCCUUCCCAAUGAGAAAACUCGACAAAUUUUCCUGAUGCGUUCAUGUUCACGACAUAUCCCCCCCCCCCCAGUGAAAUGGUGUGGCAACGACAGAUAACCAGGAGUGUGACUGAAACCUAAAAACAUGCUAACAAACAUUACACAAAAAUGUUCCUAACUCUAACUUUAAAGCAGUGAUACUACACAAAUCAUAACAAGCAAAUAAAUCUACUGUGAAUGAAGAGGUUAAAAGACUGUAAAAGCGAGACUGUAUUUAUAGACGUGUAAAUAAAGACGAUAACGUGUCGUGUCUGUGAGAGAUGCGGCAAAUCUACUGAUUGUAGCUUUAAUGUGCUUUUGUGUUACGCUGUUGUUUGGAACGCUGAUGAUAUUAAAACUCUGAAAUGAA